AUGGAGCCGGAGGGGCAUAUAUCUUUCGGAAAUCAGGGUUCAAACAGCGGAUUCCAAAUUGGGAAAAAUACUGGCAAUAUUCACAGGAUCUUCGAAUCACCGAUUCUGUCGACGAUAAAGCUCGCAUUGAAGAGUUCAAGGGGGGGACUCCUUAGAGAUGCAUACCGCUGGAUUUUAGAAGAUGAGGCGUUCAAACAAUGGAGAUAUCACGGAGGAAAUCCUUCACUUUGGAUCCGUGGAGAUCCAGGGAAAGGCAAAACCAUGCUUCUGUGCGGUAUUAUUGACGAGUUGACCCGAUCGACUGGAAAUUGCGCCAAUGUAGCCUUCUUUUUUUGUCAAGAAAACGACCCGCGAACGAAUCAAGCCACGGCUGUCCUGCGUGGAUUACUAUACUCCCUGAUCAAGAAUCAGGAAACACUACUUUCUCAUGUCCAGACCAACUAUGAUCACGCGGGGAAAGACCUCUUUCAGGACAUCAAUGCGUUCAACGCUCUUUCAAGGAUCUUUACGAAUAUUCUUAGCGACCCGGGGCUGAGAGACACCUAUUUCGUCAUUGAUGCACUGGAUGAAUGUGUGAUAGAUCUUUAUCGCCUUCUCCAUUUCAUCAAUCGAGCUUCCUCUAGUCAUACACAAGCAAAAUGGAUCAUCUCCAGUCGCAAUUGGCCCGAGAUUGAGGAGCGACUUGGUACUCAACCCUUGAUAUCAUCGAUUCGACUAGAACUGAACCCAGAACAUAUCACUGAAGCUGUGCACAUGUUCAUUCAAGAGAGGGUUGCGAGACUUUCCGAAGCAAAGCGUUACAGCGAAAAAGUUCGUGAUGAGGUUCAUCAACAUCUGAUGGCAAAUUCACAAGGAACAUUUCUUUGGGUAGCCUUGGUCUGCGACGAGCUCUUGAGGACAUCGUCGUGGAAUGCUCGGAAAAGAAUGGCGAUGUUUCCUCCAGGGCUGGACAAACUGUACCAGCGAAUGAUAAGUCAAAUUAGCGACUCGGAUGAUGCGGAAUUGUGCACCCAAAUUUUGGCUGUUACUUUAACCGCAUAUCGGCCUCUGACAUUGGCUGAACUACUAUCAUAUAUUAGCAUGCCAGGCGACUAUUCAUGGGAUCAGGAGUUCAUAUCGAGAAUCAUUGAUUCCUGUGGCUCAUUUCUCACAGUGCAAAACGAUAGUGUUACUUUCGUGCACCAGUCUGCAAAGGAUUUUCUCAAUAGGGAGCUGCCUCGGAUUUUGGGCUCAAGUUUACCAGCAGAGCACAGCCGAAUGUUUCGGCAGUCCCUGGAAAUCAUGUCUUCCUGUCUCCGCCGUGAUAUCUUCAGCUUGAGGCUCCCUGGGACCUCGAUUGAGACCGUCAAAAUUCCUACCCCAAACCCUUUAGCAACUGCUGAAUAUGCGUGCUUGUACUGGGUCGAUCAUUACCAAGCUUCAAGUUACUAUCUUGAUUAG